GAGGGCGGCGCCGAGCCGGCGUGCGUGGUGCAGUCGUGCGUGCGCUUGCUGAAGACGGACCGCCGGCGCCGGCUGCACCGGUUCCCCGGCUCGCCGGAGCGCGCUGCCCUCUGGCGGCAGCGGUGCUGCCUGCCGGCGGACGCACCCACCGACGCGCUCAGGGUCUGCAGUCUGCACUUCGCGGCGGACGACUACGCCCGGUUCGCCAAGAACGGCCUGGUGCGCCACCUGAGGCCCGACGCCGCGCCACACCUCAACAUGGAGAGCGGGACGCUAGCGUCGCCGAACGACUCCCGCUCCGUGCGCGGCAUCAAACGGCCGAAGCGCUUUGACGACUUCCAGUGUCCGGACGGCACGCCGGUGCGAGCCGGCGUACUCGAGUCGGCCGCCAACCCGCUGGCCGGCGGCGAUGCGCAGACCGGCGUCACCACUCCCGGACCCCCCGUUGUCGCCGCUGGCGACAUGACCGAACUGGCCAACAAGCAACCGGCCGCGCUCAAGGCCAUCAUCCGGAUCCUGCGCGAGGAGAACCAGCAUCUGCGCGGCAUGCUGGAGACGGAGCGCGGCCGCGCCCAGCAGCUGGCUGCCGGCGUCGAGCGGCUGGUGCGCGGCUACCGGGGCGGCACAUCACCCUGA